AUGCUCAAUCACGACGACAGGCUCUUUGCGCCGAGCGGCGACAUCAUCCCAGGCGGCCCAAGCACAUGGCACGUCAUCGACUGGGAUCAGCGCCGCCUAGUCUCAGUGGUUAUGGAUGAAGACCUCGAUUCGGAGGAUCCAGCGUUCGAGCAUCUUCUCAAAUACAUCGACCAUCUUCCGCCAGACGUCUACUCAAUCCAUGUGACCUCCGACGGCGACCUCAUCUCUGCUUCAGCCGACCCGAAAGACGAUGAAACCAGAUGUGUGUUUCGCCCACCCGUGGAGAGUCUCCAGAUUCCAGACGGCAUAAAAAUCGUCUCCCGUCUAGACCUUGAGGAGCUGGAUCGAUUGAGCUCCCACGUCGACUUGGUUGUGUGCCCACAAUCGGCAGAGCCCACCAAGCGGCUUAUUUUUAAGUAUUACUUCUUGUUUUCGAGCUAUAGCUUUGUCUGGCACGAGAUGAGCCUCUGGAUGCGUCUGCCUAAACACCCCAACAUUGUGCCAUUCGACAGUGUCGUUGUGGAUGAGAUCGAGGGGCGCCUGGUGGGUUUCACCAGUGUCUUCAUUCCUGGCGGUACCUUGGACGAGAACAAAACACGCUGCUUCAAGCUCAAGUGGCUCCAUCAACUCUUGGCUGUUGUGGAUGAGCUGAAUCUGAAGUUUGGCGUUGCUCAUCAGGAUGUCGCACCGCGGAAUAUCGUCAUAGAUGAAUCUUCUGAUUCGUUGAUGAUAUUUGAUUUCAAUUUUUCCGCCCGCAUUGGACGAGGAGGCUAUUAUGAAGCCCGGAAUGAUGUCAAGGGAGUCAUUUUCACCAUGUACGAGAUCAUCACUCGCGAUGAUCGUCAUCGUGAUAUACGGCAGGACGUCUCUGUCAUUGAGGGAGAAGAAUGGGCAAAGCACCCCGACGUUCUCUUGGACCACCCGGUCUCAGAGUUCCGCGCGGUGCUCGCGGCAUGGAGCGAGAGGCGGCGGGCUGGGACGCAAAUCGCCAAGAACACGGAAGCGACUGAUCCCCUGGACUGGCCACCUCUUCCGGAACCGCCCCUUACCGAGAGGAUUUGGGAGAUUUCGGGUCAUGAACAGAAGUGGAUGAUGAAGCUCUACGACUGGAGGAGGAAUGAGCUGUUAGAAAAAGGUCAGACCGUUCUGGAUUGGCAACGUUGUCCUUCCAAGGAAUUCCAGGCUUGGCCAUUUGGUCGGCAAAUUCCACAAGAUAAAAUAAAAAGGCCUUCAAAUUAG